AUAAGAAACAUGCAGCGAACAAACAGCAUGAGGAGGAAGGCCAUGGCCAGACAACAUAAGGCUGAAGUCAUGAUUGCAGGAGAACAACUCAGGUUGAGACUUCACGACGGCAAACUGAUUAAGGACCGACGUUACCAUCUGCGCACGUAUCCCAACUGCUUCGUGGCCCAGGAGCUUAUAGACUGGCUGGUGAGCCAUAAGGAAGCUUCAGACCGAGCAACAGCUGUCUGUCUCAUGCAGCACCUCAUGGACCAUGACAUUGUUCACCACGUCUGCGACAAAAGGUCAAUGUUCAAGGAUGCCAAGCUGCUGUAUCGUUUCCGCAAGGAUGAUGGCACAUUUCCCUUCAAUACAGAAGUGAAAAUCUUCAUUCGAGGACAGCGACUGUACGAACAUCUCAUAAUGGAUAAGAACUCCAUUCUGCAGCUGAGAGAGGAGCACGGUGUUACAUAUCAGCGCUCCUUCCCUGGCUGCCAGUUUAUCGACUGGCUCCUUCAGAAUGGAGAGGCAGAGAGCCGGCGUCAGGGCCUGGAGCUGUGCCGUGCAUUGCAGGAGAAUGGCAUCAUUCAGCACGUGGGAAAGAAGCAUGACUUCUUUGACAGCGGGCUACUCUAUCAGUUCUGCAUCAAUUUUCGACGGCGCAGGCGUCUUUCUGAACUGUUGAAUGAAAACGAGCAAGACAACGAUGAAGGUGUCGUGGUGUCGACACAUGAAGACAACCAUCACGACAGUCCGUUUGUUGUACGUAAAAGCCCACCCCAGGAGCAAAACAGUGCUUUCCAUUCUGACGUAAAACAGGUCACCAGUGGACGUCGAGGCAGCCUGAAUUCCCUUCAGCUUCACUCUUCUGGAUUUCCACCUCUUGCUCCACUGCCUUCAACCUCCGUGGUGAGAUGCAAUCCUAAAUCAGUCCUUAAAAGAAAUUUUACAUGUGAUGAGUUACUGGCACCAGGUGCACCCUUCAUCAAGAAUGUGUUAACGGUGAUAGGAGACGCUCUGGGCUGGGGUUUUGUCGUCAGAGGUGCGUCUCCCUGUUAUGUUCAGGCUGUUGACCCUGGAAGCCCUGCAGCAGCUGCUGGAGUUAAGGUGCAGCAGUUUGUGUGCCAGGUGAAUGGUCAGUGUGUUCUUGACCUGGACUACAGAACGGUCUCCAGACUGGUGAUGACUGGUCCUCGAAUUGUUGUACUGGAAGUUUUGGAGCCACUAGAAUGAACACGGUUGUCUGAUUAAAGUUUAAUGCUUGUUUUGGACACAACCACAUUUGGUAAAGCUGAAAAUGCAACAGUAAGUAUUGUUUAAAUGGGACAGUUUCUGAAAAUUUGUAUUCUGGAACAAUUUACUGAAUCAUUCCAAUGCUUCAGCUCCCAACCUGAUAUGACUCUACAAUUUUUAACUCCGUUUCUACAAUAUACAGAAGAAAAAAUAACACAGAACUGAUGAUUCCAGCUCAAACACAAUAUGUUCUGAGGCUACUUUUUAACUGGUGCUGUUGGCAAAAUGGGACACUAUCUUCACAUUUUUCACUAAUCAAACAAACACAAAAAAAGAUAUGUAAUGUCAACAUUUAAAAGUCUUCAAAGAAAAAUAAAACGCAAGUGAAAUGCUAAUAUGUUCCAUUAAAAAGCAUGGAGCAUGUUUUUGUCCUGCUUUGUAAAAAAAAAAUUAAAAAUAAUUACAAUUAAACAGGGCUUUCAAAACAAUUUCAUACAAACUUUAUACAAUGCAUAGGCUUAUUCAUUUACUUUAAAUAUAGCUGCAAUGGUUAUUCAAUUCAUCAAUUACCUGUUAACUAGAAAAUUAAUCUCCAACAUUUUCAUCAUCAGUUUACGUAAUUUCUAAGAAAAAAAGACAACAUUUGACCAUUCUGUGACAUAUUAUAGACCAAACAACUAACUAGUUAAUCGGGACAAAAAAUCACCAGAUUAAUAGACAAUGAAAAUAACAGGUAGUUGCAGCCCUAAUCACAAAACAUUUAUAUGUACAAUAACUAUUUAAUAUAUUUUCUUACAUUAUAAAGAGAAAUGAAAUAGCUAUAAAUAGCUAGCUACAGCUUUUAUUGUUGUAGCUGUGCUAGCUCAUCUUAGUUUACAGCAAGCUAGCUAGCUAUAUUUUUUUUAAAAAAUUGAUCCAAUUCAUAAAAUGUAUUUCUUUUAAGACGGUAUGUAUGGUGUUUUCCUCAAAAACAUUUUCUCUAAUCAAACUAGUGACAAAGAGCAGCAUCCCAUUUUAUCAAUACACAGUUGGCAAAGUGGGACACACACAAAAAAUUAGUAAUUUUCCAAAGAGUUAAAGACAUUUAAAGAAUUGACUCAGUGAUUUUGAUACACAGUUACAUCCCAUUAUAAAACAAGUUGUAAUAAAACAGUGAUUAACACUGUCAGUGUCAAAGCUAUGUCAUUUCAGUUACCAGUGUGAAUCCACAAGCACUGCUUUGAGUUAUACAGUGUAUUUCUUGAAAGGAUUUUCAUUACAAAGCUUAUCUGACAUUAUUUGCCAAUUAAGUGUCCAAUUUUAACAAUACUUACCUGAUGUAAAGAAGAAAAAAAGCAAAACAAAAAAAACUGAAUCUUUUCAAAAAUGUUAAAUUGUUUGGUUGCAAUAAGAAUAAGCGGCCUCGACUGAAAAGAACUGUACCUGCUGUGUUUUCAUUAAUCUGAAUUACAGAAGAAUAAAUGUUAGCUUGUAUAACUGUAAAUAAAACAACAAUGAGACCACA